UCUGGAGUCCGGCUUAGCGACAAGUUGCGUUGACUGGAAGGAAGUAAAGAAAGCGGAGGUGAGCAAAGCCCUUUUCUCCACUAGCUUUGUCCGCUUGCCCGCUCUCCUCCUCCGAUGCGAUUUUCCGGUGGCUCGGCCGCUUUUAUUGCCGGAAAUCAGCCCCCAUCAGUCGUCUCCUUCGAUACUCUUCAUCCGAUCAAACUGUCUUACAGGGUUUCCGGCUCGCCCCUUCCUGCCGCCGUUCCGCGACGAAAACUAGGGUUGCAGUGAGGUAGUUUCGGUAAAACUUGUUUCGUGCAGUCGAAGUAGAUUUUCAUUUCUCUCGAUGAAGAGGCUGAGAUCCUACGGCGAGGAUCUGGACGAUGUCGCCGGAAAGGAAUGGGAGAGGCGGGAGAUCGAGCCCGAUAGGUCGUCGUCGCGCCGCAGGUUCUAUAUGAAGUCUGAGGGCCUCCGAAGAUCCUCUUCUUCGCUGUACGAUAGAUCGAUCGAUGACGAGCGGGAGGCCAUGCGGCCUCCACGGAAGCGAUUCGAGCACGAGUUGGACGGGUUUGAUAGGAGGAAGAUCUUCGAUCGCUAUCGAGAUGGAGGCGGCGGCGGAGGGGUAGAUCGGACUCCGCAUGUUUCGUCGCCUCGAGGUUCGUAUGGGAGCGAGCGGUUGCACCGGUCGGAGAGCUUUUCGGCUAUAAGGAGGGAUUUUCCGAAGGGUUUUAGAUCGGAGAGGGAUCGUUCCCGGCGGGAAGUCUGUGGGGGUUUGUCGUGGAGGAGAUUGAACUGUGGGAAGGAGGCUGCUGAUGAGGAGAAGAGAUCCCCGGCUAGGGAUUCGGAAGAUAGGGGCAAGACUCGGUCGAUGGAUUCAUCCAGUGGGGAGCAGGCUAAAGACGUUGAGGCUGUCAAAGCAGACAUGGAUAAGGUUCGGAGGGAGAGCUGCAGCAGUAGUGAGAUGGAAGAAGGGGAGCUUGAACCUGAUCCAUUACCUGAGCCUUCCAUACAUAGUAGAGGGCAGGCUGAGCGGGACUCUCAAAACAUUAAAGAUAAAGAGGGUGUGAUUAAGACUGUUUCCGAAACCAGUUCAGAGAACAAAGGCGUGCAAUUGAGUAUGAAGAGGUCGGAUAAUGUUGAUGGUACUUCUGAUGGGGAGAGAUCAAUGGAGAUAGAAGUGGAUCAGAUAACAAGAAAUAUCUCAUUGCAGGAAGAACAAAUCCGAAUUGCUAAGAAACUGAAUGAGGAAAUCAUAGUGGAAGGGGAGGGUUUUGUUGAAUUGAGAGGGCAAAGAGAAAGUUUGAGUGAAAGUCAAGGGGAAGCAAAGGAUUUGGCUGAAGAUACUUGCGAAGAGGGAAAGCUUGAAGAUACUUCUAGUGGAGAGAAGAAAGACUUGGCUGAAGCUUGUGAAGAGGAAAAGCUUGAAGAGACUUCUUGCAGUGAGAAGAAAGAAAGAAUUAGUGACAAAAGCUCUUAUUUACCUUCCCAAUUUCCUAAUCUUGAAAUUAAUAAUAGGCUUGAAGAGCCUGUGGUCAAGGAUGAUGAGCUGCGCAAUGUUUAUACUGCUUCGCGACAAGGAAACUUAGAAGAGAUUGUAAGAGAAGGGCAUUUUAGUGAGGUUGAGAUGGAUAUUGAAAAGAAAGAUGAGACAUGUAUUAACCUUGGAGUUGUGCAGAGGAAAGACAAAGGUAUUGAUCAAGUUGAUUUUGAAGCAGAGCAGAGGAAAGGAAAAGGUAUUGAUCUUCAAGUUGCAACUGUCGGUGAAGCUGGCUAUUGCAAUUCAGUUAAGGAAAUUAAAUGUGAGAACAACCUGACAUUGAAGCCUAUGGCAGAGAAUCCAAGAGACAAGGGCAAACGCAUUGCACGUCCUUUUUCUAACAUGACAGAUUCAGCAGAGGAUGAGGAUGCUGUGGAAGGUCCCAGUCGCAGGGGCUUUGAGCUUGUAUUUCAAGAUCAUAUAAUUCAACCAGAUAAGGCUAACAGUUGUGGGCUUUUUGGUGGAAGGAUCAAGAAAGAAAAACUUAAAUUGGAACCACUGGACCUCUCUCUUGGAUUACCUGGUGUUCUAACAGACCAGAGUUCUAAGCCUCCUAACUCAAACCCAAACUCCCCUGGUGGUACUAGGAGCGUUCAGUCGUUUCCAUCUUCAUUCCGGACAAUCUCUGAUGGAUUCACAAACUCAAUGUCGUUAUCAAGCUCUCAACCAUUUGUACACAAUCCUAGCUGUUCUCUCACACAGAACUCGAUGGACAACUUUGAGCAGUCAGUUGGUAGCCGUCCUGUAUUUCAGGGGGUAGAUCAGGUUUCCAGUGGCACCAUAAGGCAAUCUCACACAUCAAUUGAGCCCAGACGAAAGGGAGGAGCUGGGGCACUCUUCCAUAGAGUACUUCUGAAUGGUAAUCAUUCCCAGAACUCGAUUCCAGGUAUGAAUGGGCUCCAUAAUUUGAACUCAAAUGCAUUAUUGCGGCAACAAAGUUUCCCGAGACACCCUUCCCCUCCUCAGAGUGUCGGAUCCCAUGACACGCUGUCUGAACACAGCAAGGAUAAGAGGAUGUUGACAAGAGAGAGAAGCUUUAACAGUCUAUCUCGGACCGAGCAUCGGGAAAGCGAACAGAUCGUUGUUAAUGCGCCGAGUUUUGUUGAGAGGAUCAUCACCAGGAUAGUCUCAGAACCCUUGCAAGUAAUGGAGAGGAUGCUUCAAGAUAUGUCUGAGCAUUCUAUGGAUUAUCUGAAGGAUUCUAUUUGCAAGAUGCUUGCUAAUACAGAUAAACGUGGGCAAAUACAUGCAUUACAGGGUACACUCCAAGGAAGAUCUGACUUGACUUCAGAAACUAUGACGAGGUGCCCCCAGACUCUGUUGGAGAUAUUGGUGGCUUUGAAGACGGGUCUUCCAGAUUUCAUUCAGAGACCCAAUAAUGUUUCAUCAUCUGAUCUAGUUGAGAUAUAUCACAAAUUGAGGUGUCGCAAUAUUGCAUGUAGGAACAUGUUGCCUGUUGAUGAUUGUGAUUGCAAAAUUUGCUCUCAAAAGAAUGGUUUCUGUAGUGCCUGCAUGUGUCUCGUUUGUUCCAAGUUUGACAUGGCAUCUAAUACUUGCAGCUGGGUUGGCUGCGAUGUGUGUCUACAUUGGUGCCAUACAGAUUGUGGAUUACGAGGUUCUCACAUUAGAAAUGGUCGAAGUUCUUCAGUUGCACUUGGAGCCACUGAAAUGCAGUUUCAUUGUGUUGCAUGCGGUCAUCCUUCAGAGAUGUUUGGCUUUGUGAAGGAAGUUUUCAAGAUGUGUUCCAAGGACUGGAAAGUUGAAAAUCUUGCUAAGGAACUUCAAUAUGUGAGGAGAAUAUUCUGUGCUAGUAAUGAUAUGAGGGGUAAAAGUUUGUACCAAGUUGCUGGUCAGAUGCUGGUGAAACUGGAAGAUAAGAAGAAGCAUUCUGAAGUAAUAAAAAAUAUCAUGUCAUUUCUUUCAGAAAGUGAAUCGACAAUCAGCAAUUCUGCUCUAUAUUCCCCUACAGAACCAUCCGGAAAUAACGAUCAAAGAGGCAAUGCGGUAGCUUUCCCAAUUGAAGAAACUGCAUGGUUGACUCCUGUUCCUUCAAGCCAAGUAUCUCGCAUACUACACAAAAGUGCUUCUCCCACCGUCGAUGAUGAUCAGAUGUGCAGGCAAAGGAAGGAUUCUUCUCUAUUACAAAUGAGUUUUGAAAAGAAACCGGUAGUUGAUGAACUGGAGAGUGUUGUUGAGUACAAACAGGCUGAGGCCAAUUUAUACCAGGAACGUGCUGACAAUGCAAGAAGAGAAGCAGAUGGCCUGAAACGAAUUGCAGCAGCUAAAACUGGAAAGAUUGAUGAUGAAUACAGCACUAAAAUGGCGAGAUUACAGCUGCAAGAGGCCGAGGAAAAACGUCGGCAGAAGCUCCAAGAACUACAAGCAAUGGAAAGGGCUCAUCAGGAUUUCAUAAAUUUGAAAGCAAGGAUGGAAGCCGAGAUUAAAGAUCUGCUUCUGAAAAUGGAAGAUACUAGGCGGAAUUUCAAUGCCUGAACAAGGAUUUUACCUUCAGCAGGAGCAGAUAAGUUAAAUUGCUUUAGAUAGGUUACUCUCAGAUGAAUUUCUUCUCUAGAUUGUAAUGAGCAAAUCUCAGUUUUUUUUUUUCUUUUAAUUAUUGUUCUUCAUUUUGCUGUAUGUUGUAGGUUAGUUAAGUAGAUUUUAAUGCUUCGUAUUUUAUUAAGCUAACUAGAUUCUGUACAGGAAAGUGCUUUAUGGAUAAAUGGAAAGUAAGUGGAUUCUUAAAAUGAGCAACUCCCGGUUUACUCUGCUC